AAUUUCACUGUCGAUUUUCCKUUGUGCCUCGUCCAUGUCGGUAAGACUGCUGGAUCGAGCAUAUCGUGCGGCCUCGGGCUGAUGUACGCCGACUGCGGUGAGUUUGAGUUCGCAUUUGCGUUAGAAGCAACCGAGGGCGGUGUACUCUGAAASUUUCCAUGCAAGAUACGGAAACAAUGCCUCAUCCCUUCUAUCUUCUCUCUCACACUCUUUGGUCUACCUCUCUUUAGAAGGAAUGCCACGGCAACCGGCGAUUCCCCACGUGAACUAUAUCCAUAUGAGAAACAACAAUUGUUUUCCRAUUCGUGGGAACAGCGCYGAUCCGGACGAUGACGGAACCACGACUAGGCACACUGCCACCUUUCUGAUGACUAUUCGGAAUCCCUUGACGAGAAUCUGGUCCUGGUUCGAUUUCGAAAAGGACCGGCUUCCCACCCGACGGAACAAACAGGACGAAAAUAGGCUGCGGUGGAAGAGGGGUUUGCUCUUUUCCGAGUGCUACGACAACUUUGUGGACCUCGUGACGAACGGAUUGGAACCAAUAUGGACGGCCCCAUCCGGCAGCAACAGUAGCAACACCACCAAUAAACGCACCAGCGAAGUGUCGGCGGAGCGACCAGUCGACAUGACUUGCCAGGAACGGGCCUGGGCCGCCGUCCUGGGGGUCCGGGAAUUUUCGUACCACGAAUGGUACAACUACGAGCACUACUGGACGAUGCUGACGGGGACCAUGAAUCUGUACAAGCCAYUUCCAAAAGGCAGCAGCCCGCCCGCGUUGCCUCCCCCGUCUCUAGUASUUCUCCGUACCGAGCACCUGGCRGAAGAUUGGUCGAAGCUCUCCAGCGAAGACCUCUUUCGAAAGGUGAACAGGGGGAGCUACCGGAACGGAACGAGCGACGCCGACGACUCGGAUUCCAGAAACGCUUUCAGUCGCUUCGUUCCCGCAAAUUCUUCGCAGCGCUUCUGGACAAACCUGUGCCGCGCCAUGUGCCCGGAAGUCAAAGUUUACCAGCAGAUAUUGGAACACGCCGACAACCUGAACAAAUCGGACGUGGUGGAAUCGAUGCGAGAUGUCCGAGCAAUGUGCCCCCGAUACGAACCGAAGGAAUGCCCUGACAUUCCAGAAUUUCCGUCUCUGAGAAUUCCUCGGAGAAAAUACCGCGGAGAAACAAAAAAGCGGCUAUUUGCGAUCCAAUAGAAAAUCGGUAGCUGCUCAACUCYGYUGGAUAAUAUAGCACCGAGCUUUUG